CGUGAUACUGGCUGCAACGGGGAAUCGUUGUAACGUAAGUGGUUGUCGUGAAAUUAAUUCAAAAGGAAAUACGAAGGAAAAUGGAGUAACUUUCUUCAAAAUUCCAAAGUUGUCGUUGACCAAGUGGCAAGGCAUAAUGCCAACAAGUCUAUUGACAGAAACGUCUCGAAUAUGUAGUCGUCAUUUUGAUGCCAACGACGUAGUAAAAGGAGUCACUAUAUUAAAUGUAUUCCAUCCCUAUAAAUAUUGGAGACUUAGAGAUGGUGCAGUUCCAAAACAUUUCUUAAUUCUAGAUGUGACGAGUAGACCACCACUACAAAAUAUCCUACAAGAAACGUGUAAUAAUCUGAGGAAAGGGCUACAUUGUGAACCAAAUGGGGGUACGUUGAAACGUAAAGGUGCACAAAUAGGUGGAACAAACAAGAAGAAAACAAAAACCAGUAAACUACAGCAUAACCAGAGAGCAAGUACAGCUGAUAGCGAAAUGGAAACGUUGAAUUUACCACAGAUAGAUCAAUUAGAAAAUGUGACUGCCACUGAAGAACAAUCAGAACUGACCACUGGUAAUAGCGAAGUUGAAAUGUUGAGUCUACCACAGAUGGAACAACUAGAAAAUGUCACUGCCACUGAAGAACAAUCAGAACUGAUCACUGGUAAUAGCGAAGUUGAAAUGUUGAGUCUACCACAGAUGGAACAACUAGAAAAUGUCACUGCCACUGAAGAACAAUCAGAACUGACCACUGGUAAUAGCGAAGUUGAAAUGUUGAGUCUACCACAGAUGGAACAACUAGAAAAUGUCACUGCCACCGAAGAACAAUCAGAAUUGACCACUGGUAAUGGCGAAGUUGAAAUGUUGAGUCUACCACAGAUGGAACAACUAGAAAAUGUCACUGCCACCGAAGAACAAUCAGAAUUGACCACUGAUACAUUGAACAGAUAUGGCAUGGAAGUCUAUGAAGGCUCUCAAACCAAUGAUGGAAUAUCAGCCCAACAUAGCCAGAAACCAGUAGAAAACAUCGUUGCUAUUUUACAAGAACCUUGCAAUGAACAAGAGAGUCAUCCAAGUGUAGAAGAAAAAUUACAUUACAACUCAACAGCAGCCAAUGUUGUACGUUAUAUCAAUCAAGGUGUGAUGGAAGUUAAUGAAGCAACCAUUCCUAUUACCGAAAAAUCUACAAAUGCUGAGUUUCAAACAAACUUUGCUACUUAUCAAUCGCUUUCACUUAUGGUGAAAUUACCAGAUGAUGGGCAUGGAUGGAUGUGGUCGUAUAAUAGCCACAAUCAAACAAUUUUUUGCACCAAUCCGGAUAUGUUACCACAUGGGAAUAUGUUAGUGAGAACCGUGCAAGUUCUGAACGGCCAAAAAGUAUUGUACUACUUCAAUGGCAAGAAUAUCUCGCUCAACGAUCUUGUGGAGACUUUUUCAUCAAUAGAAGAGCUUUCUAAAAUUAUUUUAAAUGUACUUGUCGUAAAAACCCGGUUUCAUUAAAUAAACAAAGAAUAGGUACGUGA